AGUUAUUUCCAACAAGAAAAUUGUCAGUUUUCUGUAAAAGAACUAUGGUUAGUUGCUGUGGUCAACCAUGGUACUAAGAGAGAAAAUAAAUUUGAUACUUGUAUAAAAGUUCUCAAGGAAUCAUGCACGUGUACAGAAAGACAAGUUUAUGCGAUCAAAAUAACUUAUGUGGUGUUUAAAUAUAACCUUCUUCUCCAAUGUAGACGAGGGUCCAACGUAUCUCUUACACUGGAUAUGAGUAGCUUGGGGAGCAUUGAACCCUUUGUGGCUAUACCAACCCCACGGGAGAAGGUCGCAAUGGAGUACUUACAGUCAGCCAGCCGAAUUCUCACAAGAUCACAGCUGAGGGAUGUCGUGGCAAGCUCACAUUUACUCCAAAGUGAAUUCAUGGAAAUACCAAUGAACUUUGUGGAUCCCAAAGAAAUUGAUAUUCCACGUCAUGGAACUAAAAAUCGCUAUAAGACAAUUUUGCCAAAUCCCCUCAGCAGAGUAUGUUUGAGACCAAAAAAUGUAACUGAUUCACUGAGCACCUACAUUAAUGCUAAUUAUAUAAGGGGCUACAGUGGCAAGGAGAAAGCGUUCAUUGCCACACAGGGACCCAUGAUCAACACCGUGAAUGACUUCUGGCAGAUGGUUUGGCAGGAAGACAGCCCCGUGAUUGUUAUGAUCACAAAACUAAAAGAAAAAAAUGAGAAAUGUGUGCUAUACUGGCCAGAAAAGAGAGGGAUAUAUGGAAAAGUUGAAGUUCUGGUGAUCAGUGUAAAUGAAUGUAAUAACUACACUGUUCGAAACCUUGUCUUAAAGCAAGGAAGUCACACCCAACAUGUGAAACAUUACUGGUACACCUCCUGGCCCGAUCACAAGACUCCAGACAGUGCCCAACCCCUCCUGCAGCUCAUGCUGGAUGUAGAAGAAGACAGACUUGCUUCCCAGGGCCGAGGGCCUGUAGUUGUCCACUGCAGUGCAGGAAUAGGUAGAACGGGGUGUUUUAUUGCUACAUCCAUUGGCUGUCGACAGUUGAAAGAAGAGGGAGUUGUGGAUGCAUUAAGCAUUGUCUGCCAGCUCCGUGUGGACAGAGGUGGAAUGGUCCAAACCAGUGAGCAGUAUGAAUUUGUGCAUCAUGCUCUAUGCUUGUAUGAGAGCAGACUUUCAGCAGAAACUGUCCAGUGAGUCACUGAAGACUUAACAGAUCAUCAAUCUCUUCGGGUGGUUAAUCAAAUUACCCACUUGAGGCUUCUAGAAGGAGCUUCCUGCAAUGGAAGGAAAGAUAAGCUCUGAAGCCAACCUGUGGCAUGGAUUGUGGAAGACUUGGCAAUAUAUUUAGGAUUGCCAGCCCCUUGUGUACAUGAAUGCAUUUGUAAGCAUCCCCCAAAUUAUUUUGAAGGUUCUAUGCUGGUGGAGGUAUGAUAGAUUUCUCACACAGCCUAAGGCAGGUUUUGUUUUGUCUAUUCUGACUCCAUCUGCCACACAGAAUGUAUGUAUGUAAUAAUCAGUGAUAAAUGUCAUCAGGUGAUGACCUGAAGAGCUGCUGAAGACAUUCUUAUUAUGUGUUUAGAUGCUUUAAUAUUUGCAAAAUCUGUCUUGUGAAUGGACUGUCAGCUGUUAAACUGUUCCUGUUUUAAGUGCUAUUACCUUUCUCAGUUACCAGAAUCUUGCUGCUAAAGUUGCAAGUAAUUAAUAAUGGAUUUUUAACAAAUAAGUCUUUGUUUUAAAAAAAAAAUCAAAAGCAGUAAAUAUUUUAUAUGGAAAUGUGUCUUGAUUAUAUUACCUAUUAAAUGUGUAUUUAUAGUACCUCUUUAUUAAUCAAUUACAGAGCACAAUGAUUGUCAUUGGGUAUAUAUGUAUUUACUCUCUAUUAUGGGCAUAGAGUUGGCUUCUGUUCCAGGACUCUAUCCACUGUAUUUCUACAUCGUAAGUCGUUUUACUUUAAAAAGGAAAACAAAUUUGUAGCAACCAUAGGUAUCAAGAAUUUUAAAUACUUGUCUCUUUUACUGAGAAGGGACUUCUGAAUAUACCAUCUACCUGGAAUCUCUCUCCCAACAAAAGGCAGAAGCCUUUGAGAAUGAUGUAACCUGUCCCAUUUCCAGAAGUUCUUUAUUAGGGUACUGCCAUGUAUGUCCUUAAAUUUCUAAAGGGUUUUAAUCCUUAAGAGACAAAUAAAAUUAAAGUAACUACCCUCAGCAAACAUUAGAUGUUCUGCUUGAAAUAUGAAUUUUUAAUGCAGCAAUGUUGACUUUGUUUCAUACUGCCAAUAAACUACUCUUAAUUCUAAAUAUUGA